AAGUUGAAGAGCCCUUUUCAGCCUGUCAUGGCAGACACGGCAUGGCGGCAUGGCGGUGGCAAAGGACAUCAUCACCGGCGUGCUUCGAACAAGCUUGCUGAGGUUCAUCAAAGAUGCCAGCGGAGAACAACUGCACUUGCGACACUUGCUGUCGGGUCACGUUGAAGUGGGCCCGGAUGUGGCUCUCGCAGAACCCGCCAUCCAGCAGGUUUUACUAGAUAUAGGCUUUCCAGCCUCCGUUGAAGUCAUUAGUGCCCAUGCGGACAACAUCCGCGUGCACAUUCCCUGGGCAAAGCUCCUGGGGCAAUCAUCCAGACUUGUCAUUGGACAGCUCACUGUUCAAGUUCGGAUUCACGAUGUCGAAUCCUUGGCGCAGGUCUUAGAAGGUGUUUCACAGGACCCACCGAAGGUGGAGCAUUCCUUUCUGGUCAGACAGCGUGAGCGUCUCGAAGUGAUGGUGGAUAAGAGGUGCAGCAAACCGCCUGAGGGCCUGGUGAGACGCCUCACAUUGUUGGAGACGGUGAUUCAAGGGUUAAGAGCCCAAUUCAACAAUGUCAAGCUUGAGAUUUUCAGAGAUAUCGAUGGCUAUGAGAAUCCGCCAACGGUGGGGCCUUUCCUCACCAUGGAACUGCAUGGAAUCACCAUUUCACCUUGCACCAAUGCCAAGAGACCCACUUUGGAGCUGGCAGAAGCCCGUGCCGUGAUGGACAUGGCCGGCUCACUGCCCGAACCCCUCAAACCCUAUGCUUUUCGCCGCAUGUUCCGCAUGGAUCGCGCAGAUGCUUGGGUGCUGCGCGCAGCUGGAAAGCCAUGCAAUGCACUACCCUGGCAAAGCCAGAAAGAAUGGUGCCUGGCUGCCAGAUUUGGAACAGGCUGCUUGCGGGCCAGUAUAUAUCAGGCCUGCACUCGGACAGGCCGAGGUGGGGCACUGAUGGUGGAGGAAUGCGGAGCACUCCUGGGCAUUGAGCGGGUCAUCGACCUAGAGUCGCCUGAAGGAGCAGAGCAAGCUGCUUUGGAUGUCGAUAUGGAAGGCGCGAUGGCUUUGGAGCUUGCCCAGCUCGGAGGGCACUUCUUCUCCGGUUUCCCUAUUACAGCGGCAUGGAGAAGAAUGCAGGUCCAGCGCGGGCUUCCUGCCAUCGUUGGUCUCACAGAACCUCAUUCCGAGCAUUGCCAUUCGAGGCGCAGCUCUGUCACCUCUGAGGAGGAAGUGGUUGAGCCGGUGAAAGAAGCCGUGGACAACGUCCUUCGCGAGAGUUUUCUCUCGCAGAGGGGCUCCAGACGGAGCAGCGCGCUGUCGGCCGUUUUGGACAAAGUGAAAAGGGUAGACCCUGGCGAGCGGCUCUUGAUCAGCGGCUGGCUGACCAAGCGCGCCAACUUGAGGCCAUUCCAAGACUCUUGGCAAGCACGCUGGUGCGAGGUGAGUCAGCUUCCUCAAGGUCAUGGCAUACUUCGCUAUUCUGCCCAGGUUCAUGAUGCGCCAGGCCAGAUGCAGUUAAAGGGAGAGAUCGCAUUGGUCCAAUCCAGUGACGCUUAUGUAAUGUCGUUUGAGGACGCCAAGGCUGCAAAUGCGGGUGGCUCUGCCAAAACCAUCUCGGGGUAUUUGGAGCACUGCUCCCGGCCCAAUGCCGACCGCAUUGUUGAGGAGUUUCAGCAUGGCUUUCUGCUUCAGACUGCAAAAGAAGGAGCUCAAGCAGGGAGGAUGUUCUUCUUCGUCACUGAGAGAGAAUCUGAGUCUAGGCGCUGGGUGGCUGCAAUACAUUCAGUUCUUCAAAAGCCGCAGAGUUUGGAAGAUUUUCUUGGAGAGACACUCCCAGAGCUUACUGGAAGUCCAGCAGGGAGUGUGGCACCGUUUUCGGAAGAGAAGGACUACUCCGAGGUGGCCACAGAGGAUGUCAGUGAUGAGGACAGCGCGAACAGUUUUGUCUCCGUGGAAGACGAUGAGUUGGUGGUGACGAGACCCAGCUUUCUCUGGCAAGAUGAGCCGACCAUCGAAGCCACGCUUUCGAAAAUGAAGCAGUUCUCCACCAUCAAGCUGAACCUGUCGUCCUUGAAGGUGCGCGUUGGACUAGGAGAGAUUGCAAAUCCCUUGCAAGGACUGCUGGAUGAAGCCGUGCCCGAAUGCAUCCCUCUACACGCCGAGCUCGGGAAUUUGCAGCUGAACCUCAUCAGCCAAACCCAGCCCACAGGUGCUGCUGUGGCGCCCGUGGCUAAGCUCAUGGCUUUACCUCCUCCAGUGGUAGAUGGCUUCCUGCAGAAAAAGGCCACUUGGUCGACGUCACGUACCAUUGAGCUUACAGUGGGGGAUGUGAACAUCAAACGCACUGACAUUCCUCGAAACAUUGCCAGUGGGAAGGGGCCUGCGCCGAUAAUCCGGAUGAUGUUUGAGCAGCAGCUGGAGCUAGUGGCAGCCUGGAAGCCCGAGGAGCAAUUAAAAGCUGCCCAUAUCUCAGGCGCUCUCACGCACCUUUUUGCCACCUUGGAUGUCCCGGCCUUGAUGACCAUCCAAAUCUUUCUAUUGAAGCUGGGGAAGGCCUUCUCACCAGACGUUCCGACCCUGAUGCCACCCCAGCAGAUUGAAGCCUUGGAGGCCCUGAAGUCCAUGGAGCCCCAUAGCUUACAGAUGCGCUUGGAGGAUUUGGAGGUUGAAGUGCCAUUGCCUGGCUUGCCGGUUUCAGGCCACGGCCUUCGAAUCACCAUCGCUGCGAUGCAGCUGGCGAGCAUGGAUGCACUUCAGUCGUUUGCCGCAUCUAUGCGGCGAAUGGCCUCCGGGCGUUCUGAGAGCAGUGGCCAAUGAGUUUUAGUCAAUGUAUGUCAAUGUGUAUUCUGGCAAUUGUCGCAUGCAUUCCGAAAACAA